CUUGUUAGAAAGGUCAGAACAGAUUCAAUGAGAUUAUUAAACUAAGCUCUCGUCUCUGAUUCUCAUUCACAUUCAAACUCAACUACCAACAAACAAUUACUCUAUUCACUUCACUUCUUACAUACAAACCAAUCUAAACUCUGUCUUUUUAAUUACCGGAUUUGAUUCGAAACUUUAAUUUGAUUCAAAUUUAACAAUGGCGCCGCCAGCAGCGACGGACGACGAUGAGGUGAUGAAGGACGAGAAGAAUCCGCCGCCUCUCGACGAAGGCGACAUCGCCCUUCUCAAAACCUAUGGAUUGGGUCCUUACUCAAACACCAUUAAGAAGGAAGAGAAGGAAAUUAAGGAUUUAGCUAAGAAAAUUAAUGAUCUUCGAGGUAUAAAGGAAUCAGACACUGGAUUAGUUGCUCCAAGUCAAUGGGAUCUUGUCUCUGAUAAGCAAAUGAUGCAGGAGGAGCAACCUCUUCAAGUUGCAAGGUGCACCAAGAUUAUUAAUCCUAACACCGAGGACGCCAAAUAUGUUAUCAAUGUUAAGCAAAUUGCUAAGUUUGUGGUUGGACUUGGCGACAAAGUCUCCCCAACAGAUAUUGAAGAAGGCAUGCGAGUUGGGGUUGAUCGCAACAAGUACCAGAUUCAGAUCCCAUUGCCUCCAAAGAUUGAUCCAAGUGUUACUAUGAUGACUGUAGAAGAAAAACCUGAUGUAACAUAUAAUGAUGUUGGCGGAUGUAAAGAGCAAAUAGAAAAGAUGCGAGAAGUUGUUGAGCUUCCCAUGCUUCAUCCAGAGAAAUUUGUGAAGCUUGGAAUUGAUCCUCCUAAAGGUGUUUUAUGCUAUGGUCCUCCUGGAACUGGGAAAACACUUUUGGCUAGAGCUGUAGCCAACAGAACUGAUGCAUGUUUCAUUCGGGUUAUUGGAAGUGAACUUGUUCAAAAGUAUGUCGGUGAAGGUGCCCGUAUGGUUCGGGAGCUUUUCCAGAUGGCACGGUCAAAAAAGGCAUGCAUAGUCUUUUUUGAUGAAGUCGAUGCAAUUGGUGGUGCCCGUUUUGACGAUGGUGUGGGUGGAGAUAACGAGGUUCAACGUACAAUGCUUGAAAUCGUUAAUCAGCUUGAUGGUUUUGAUGCCCGAGGAAAUAUCAAAGUUCUAAUGGCAACAAACAGACCUGAUACGCUGGAUCCAGCAUUGUUACGUCCAGGGAGACUUGAUCGUAAGAUUGAGUUUGGAUUACCUGAUUUAGAGAGCAGGGCACAGAUUUUCAAGAUCCAUACAAGGACUAUGAACUGCGAAAGAGAUAUUCGUUUUGAGCUCCUUGCCCGUCUUUGUCCAAAUUCCACCGGAGCCGACAUUAGGAGUGUUUGCACGGAGGCAGGGAUGUACGCUAUUAGGGCACGAAGGAAGACUGUGACUGAGAAGGACUUCCUAGAUGCAGUAAACAAGGUCAUCAAGGGGUAUCAGAAGUUCAGCGCAACACCCAAGUACAUGGUCUAUAAUUAACGGAGAUUCAUCUCUGAUGUAUUUCAUGUUGGAAUUGUGCCUAUUUAUUUUCAAUCACUUUAUUCUACUUUUUCCCCAUUUAGCAUUCAUUGAGUCUUAGUUUCAUUUGAAGCUACAACUGUAUGCCUUUUGUUCGUUGAUGUUUCUGUAUGUACCUUUGCGGCAGGGCUCAUUAAAAUUUAUCAGAAUUUGGGUUUUUAA